AUGGUCAUUGUGUUACUGCUAACGCUGGCUUCAGCGUGUCUGGCCUCCAUUUUACCUGUGGUUGAUCUGGGAUAUGAGCUACACCAAGCAAUUUCAUUCAAUAGCUCCCAUGGUCUCUAUAAUUUUACCAAUAUCCGCUACGCGGCACCUCCAAUUGGCGACCUGCGAUUCCAGGCACCUAUACUUCCAAAACAAAACAGAGAACACAUCCAGAAUGGUUCUGUGGGGAGAAUAUGCCCACAGGCAGCCCCAUUGUGGUCGACAAAUGUCCAACAAGCCUUUCUUUUGAGCUACUUUUAUAACCAGUCUUUUUCUGUAUCCACCAACAUCUCUUCUUAUGGGUACAAGCCGGCGGAGCAAGACCCACGCACCACUGAGGACUGUCUAUUCCUUGACGUCAUUGUCCCUAAAAAGAUAUUCGAACGCACGAAAGGUAAAGACGCAGCAUCUCGAAAGAACUUGGCGCCAGUGCUGGUGUGGAUUUACGGCGGAGGGUAUGUGGGGGGAGACAAGGGCAGCUCAGACCCAACUGGGUUGAUCCAGCGAAGUAGGCUGGGAAACAACGAUGGGAUUGUCUACGUUGCCUUGAAUUAUCGAUUGGGUGCAUUUGGCUGGCUUGGUGGUGACAGUAUCGCAGCCAAUGGUACCGCCAACGCAGCACUCCACGAUCAGCGGUUUGCUCUUGACUGGAUAUAUAAGAACAUCCACCUUUUUGGUGGAGAUGCAACCCGAGUUACAGUUAUGGGAGAGUCUGCUGGAGCAGGAUCAAUUCUUCAUCAGAUCACCGCUUAUGGAGGCACACGGGGUGCUUCACCCUUCAAACAAGCGAUCUUACAGAGCCCGGGCUGGGUCCCAGUCAUUGGCGAGGAACAACAAGAAGACACGCUGCAGCAGUUUUUAGGGAUUCUCAAUGUCAGCACGAUUGAACAAGCCCGGAAAUUGUCAUCCGACAAAUUGAUCGCUGCCAAUGCGUACCAAGUCGCAACCAAAUCUCAGUGGGGACAGUUCACAUACGGUCCCGUUGUGGACGGUAGCUUUGUGCCUGCUCUGCCAGGGCAACUUUUGCUUCGAGGUGAUUUUGAUCACAACCUGAACAUCAUGGUCGGGCAUAACGCGAACGAAGGGUUGGUCUUUACUUCGCCGGACAGCGUCAAUAGCACCGGUCUGGCAAUUCAAAUGAAGACCUUGUCACCGAAUACUCCAACAAACGUGUCCGACUUUGUCUUGGAUGUUCUCUACCCGCCGGUCUAUAACGGCUCCUAUGGGUAUACCGACUCGGUCGCGCGCACGGCGCUUGCUAUCUCGGAUCUCAUAUUCCAGUGCAACACCGAUUAUAUCAACCGUGCUUUCUACAAUGAGACCUAUGCGUAUGAGUUCAGCAUUCCACCCGCGCUACAUGGACAGGAUGUCUCGUACACCUUCUACAACAAUGGGAGUAGCUCUUCGCUCUCGGGGGUCGCUAAUGUGACGGUGGCGUUGGCUAUGCAGGACUAUUUCACUAGCUUUGUCCAGCACGGUGAACCGAAGUCCCAUCUGGCACCGGUCUUCAGAAAGCAUGGUCAGUAUGCACAGCUCAUGAACAUUGGCAAUCAUACCAUCCAGCCGACGCAGGAUCCGACCAAUAAUGCACGCUGUCGGUUCUGGCAGACUGCGCCCUAUUAUAAACCGACCUGA